AUGAGCAUCGACACGAAGAAAUUUCUGCUGCAGGUCGACCCGAUGGGCGGAAUCCGUUUCCAUCGAGACCAAAAGGGGCACAUCAAGGCCACCUUCAAGCUCAGGAACAAGAGCGACUAUCGGCAGGCUUUUAAAGUAAAAUGCUCACGGAACGAUCUGUUCAAAAUUAGGCCGCCGAUGGGGCUACUCGACUACAAGCAGGAGGCGGUCAUCGAGGUCGACUUCAAACCAAAAGACGGGGAGCUGCCCAGCGAGGAGCGCCACUUCUUCGGCAUCUACCAUAUCCCGGCACCGGAAGGCUGCACAGCCGAGGGUGCCUGGUCCGAGCACUACGGUGUCGCGCAAGGGGAAUGCCGCGUGAAGGUCCAGUUCGACAUUUUAAAGGACAUGUACGAGACGAAG